AUGAAGGAGAGCAAGAGCUGCAAUAGCAGCGAUAGCGACAGCUGCCACUGCAGCAGGUACUGCUGCCACACUGCUCCCGAUUUUGAAGCUAGCUGUUCUAACCUCACAAGAAGCACGAGCACCAGCACCACCUGCAGCGGUACCAUUGCCAGUAGCAUCAGCAGAGAGUGCAGCAAGGGCAGUAGAAGCGGCAGUCUGCACCAGGAGGAGGAGAUUGAGGAGUUUAUCUUUUCUCGGAGUGGCAGCACGGAGGAGCGCAGCAGCAGCAGUACUGGCGGGGGCGAAGACAGGAAUGGCGGCAGGGCCCGGCGAAUCAAAGGCGUUUUUUCCAGCGUAUUGAGUCACUAUUGGGCAGUGGGCGCUUCUUUUAGAUGGGGCCGUCGCCGAUCCUCCACGAUCGGCGUCUCCUGUCUCUUUUACCUGCUGCCUUGUUUUGCGCUUCCGUUUAGCAGCAGCAGCAGCAGCAUCAGCGCGAGGAGAGAGUUGGAGUCGUAUAUGUGGAGUUUGGUGGCCGUGGCAUCUUUCUUGUCCGACUUUGUCUUCUCAGGGCAGCGCCACCAUUGGGGAGUCCGUGCUGUUCACAUGACAGAUCGGUGGCUGGCAUCAUUCGCGCUUAUGCUGCAGUGUCUGUACAACUUGCCCUUGUGGUUUUCGGUUUCAUUCUACGUGGGGAACUUGGGGCUGAUUUUCGUGUUGUGCUGCUGUGCCCUUAAGGCCCGCAGUACUUUCGCGUCUUCCUAUGAGGAGUACGUCUGGACCCACACGGCUUGGCACGUUGCAGGGGCAGCUGCAAGGUGUGUCAUGGCUUUCCUAGAGGGGCACUAA